AUGGAUCACAGAAACAAGACCAGAGUCACGGAGUUCAUUCUUCUAGGGUUUCAGAAUGAGAAAGAAGUAGAAAUACUUCUUUUUGUUGCAUUCCUUUUCAUGUACAUUAUAUCUCUGAUUGGCAAUACUAUGAUUAUUAUCUUGGUGUGUGUUGACUAUCGUCUGCAUUCACCUAUGUAUUUUUUUGUAGCCAACCUUUCUUUCCUUGAAGUCACCAUCACCUCCACAGUGGUACCAAAGAUGCUAGCCAACACUUUUUCACUCACCAAAGCAAUAUCCUUCGUGGGAUGUCUUACACAGUCUUUCUUCUAUUUUCUCUUGGGAUCCACGGAGUUCUUCAUUCUGGCUGUUAUGUCCUUUGAUAGAUAUGUUGCUAUCUGCAAUCCACUAAGAUAUACCAUGAUCAUGAACAAACGAACAUGUAUAUUUUUGCUUCUGGGAUCAUAUCUAGGUGCAUUUUUGGCAAUUUUUGUAUCAUCAAUCUUAACGGCAUCUCUGCCCUUUUGUGGACCAAACAUAAUCAAUCAUUUCUUUUGUGACAGUGCCCCAGUGCUAAAGCUUGCCUGUGCAGACAUCUCUCUGACUGAGCUGGCUGACUUCAUUUCUUCUGCUGUAUUGCUCUUGGGUUCCCUGCUUUUGACAGCAGUGUCUUACACCUACAUUGUCAUUACUAUCCUUAGGAUUCCUUCCACCCAGGGACGGCAAAAGGCCUUCUCUACCUGUGUUUCCCAUAUCACAGUGGUUACACUUUAUUAUGGGAGCUCCAUCUUCAUCUAUGUUCGUCCAAAAAAGGGCAAUGUUAUGGAUGUUAACAAAUUUGCCACAGUACUGAAUACUAUUGUAACACCAAUGCUGAAUCCUUUCAUCUACAGCCUCCGGAAUGAAAAAGUCAAAGAAUCUCUAAGAGAUGUUUUCAAUAAAUUGGUACAAAGGGAAGAUGGAGCUCAGUCUCUGGAUAGGAAUCCACUGAGCGAUGUGUCACCACAAUAA